AUGCGAUCCCAACAUGUCCCCAAUCCCACCGAAGCGGACUCAAUCGCUGUGAUCGGAAUGUCCUGCAUCUUCCCGCAGGAUGCGUCAUCCCCAGAAGGCUUCUGGAAAAUGCUGGUGGAAGGUAGAUCGGCUAGAACAAAGAUACCUGAAGACAGGUUCAAUUCGGAUGCCUUCUAUCAUUCCGCGACUGGACGGGCCGGAACUGUUAACGUCCAACAUGGCCACUUUCUCAAAGACGAUGUCACAGCUUUCGAUGCACCUUUCUUUUCGAUUUCAUCUCAAGAGGCCUCGGGCAUGGACCCUCAACAGCGUGCUCUACUGGAAACAACUUAUCACGCUCUUGAGAACGCUGGUAUACCAAUCAACAACAUAAAAGGAACAAAUACCGCAGUAUAUAUUGGUAGCGCUGGACGAGACUUUGAGCUUAUUGGCUCCAAAGACAUUGAGCAGAUGCCAACCUACUUUGCUCUUGGUGCCAUCCCAUCCAUUCAAUCAAAUCGUCUGAGCUGGUUUUUUGAUCUUAGAGGACCAAGUAUGACUGUCGAUACUGCUUGCAGCGGCUCAAUGCAGUGUUUAUACCUUGGCGCUCAAAGUCUAUUGAAUGGCGAAUGCGAUAUGGUCAUUACUGGAGGUUCUAAUCUGAUUUUGACGCCUGAACUCACAAUCAGCCUUUCCAACUUUGGAUUUCUUUCCCCUGAUGGAAAAUGCCAUAGCUUUGAUCACCGGGCAAACGGAUACGCACGAGGCGAAGGCCAUGGCAUAAUCAUCCUCAAAAGACUUUCUGAUGCCAUACAAGAUGGCAAUACCAUCCGUGCUGUUAUACGUGCUGUUGCCUCGAAUCAAGACGGACGAACCUCUGUUUUGGCUCGGCCUAGUAGGGACGCGCACGUUUCGCUCAUUCGGAGCGCGUACUUGAAAGCUGGUAUAAGUUUCAACGAGACUCGGUUCUUCGAGGCGCACGGAACUGGCACGGCAGUCGGAGACCCUAUUGAAGCCGGCGGAAUUUCAGACAUUUUCAAAGAAUAUAGAACACGCGAUGAACCACUGUAUGUUGGCGCGACCAAGAGUAACAUUGGACAUCUGGAAGGUGCAAGUGCUAUAGCUGGAGUUAUAAAGGCAGUUCUUGCUGUAGAGAAGGGUAUCAUCCCUCCCAAUGUAUGGCUCGAGAAAGUCAAUCCCGAGAUCAAGGAAGAUUGGAAUCUCGAGUUUCCCACAAAAGCUUUGAGGUGGCCUGCGCAUGAAGUCAGAAGGGUAUCUGUCAACUCGUUUGGGGCUGGUGGUGCCAAUGCCCACGUCAUCAUAGACGACGCAUAUAAUUAUCUGCGAAUACGCGGACUUUCUGGUCGGCAUCGGAGCUAUUCAAUUGAAGGACUUCAUCUUUUCAAGCCGAACAAUGUUGAUGUCGGUGAUAGCAUAGGAAAUAUCAGUAUGUUUCCCACAGGCACUGGAGGUAUUGAACUGUGCAAGCCUCAUACCAAUGAUCAAUUAGAGAUCCGAGGACAGCCUGGUCUGCUUUCUGAAACACAGAAGAAGCAACACCUGCAUAGACGCAUUGAUUCAUCGAUGAUGACAGAAAUUUCAGCUGGGGAAAGCCAAGCAAAGACCCUACAGGUCACAAAUGUCUUCGUAUUCUCCUCUGCGGACGAAGGUGGCAUAGAACGACUUUCUAUCGCACUAGGUGGUUACCUCGCAUCAGGCGUUCCUAAAACAGCAAUUGGUCAGACAUUUUUAGAUGAGCUCGCGUAUACAUUAUCCAGGCACCGAAGCAUGUUCCCCUGGAAAUCCUAUCUGGUCGCAUCUUCGGUAGAAGAAUUAACGCAAAAGUUGAGCGCAAAACAGUAUGCCAAGCCUGUGCGCUCUACAGGCAUGGCGCCAUUGGUUUUUGUAUUCACAGGUCAAGGUGCACAAUGGGCUACCAUGGGACGAGAGCUCCUUGUUCAUCCAGCCUUUCGCGAGAGCUUUGAGGCAGCUGAGGCUUUUCUGUUAUCCCUUGGCUAUGAGCUGAAUCGGCCAAGCGACAAGUCGAACAUACAUUUGACAGAGUAUUCGCAGGCCUUAUGCACUUUGCUCCAGGUCGCACUAGUAGAUCUUCUAAGAUCAUGGAAGAUACACCCUAAGGCGGUUGUCGGUCAUUCUUCAGGGGAGAUCGCUGCUGCAUACUGCGCUGGCGGCUUAGAUAGGGAGUCAGCUUGGCGUGUCGCAUAUUAUCGAGGAAAAGUCUCCGCUAUCCUAGAAGCUACUCAUAAUGAGCAAGGAGCUAUGCUCGCAGUACCGCUGAAUGAGCCCGACAUUGCCAAUAUCAUCACAACGAUCAAUGAGAAUCAUAUGAUCUCUGGCACUAAGCUCACAGUGGCGUGCAACAACGGACCUAAAAGCAUCACAAUUUCGGGCUCGAGCAUCCUUAUUGAUCUACUGCAGAAAGCUUUGGAAGAUCGUGACAUCCAGGCAAGGAAAGUCAGGGUCACGAUAGCGUAUCACUCCAAGCAAAUGCAGGUUGUGGCUGAACAAUAUCGCACCUUUAUACGUGACAUACCUAUACCACCGGACAAUGGGAACUCACCAGCGACUGAAUUCUUCUCUUCCCUUCAUGGUGCGGGCAUAAGUCUGGAUAUCAUUCGCCAGAGCUCGUACUGGGUAGACAAUCUAACAUCUAAAGUUCAGUUUGCUGAAGCUGUUCAAGCAAUAGGGCUACUCUACAGCAAUAGAAAGGAGGCACCUCUGUUUGUCGAAAUUGGGCCUCAUCCAGCGCUUCGAAAGCCAGUAAUGGACACAAUGGCGAGCUGUGGCUGGCAUUCAACGUACUCUUCUAUUCUACAACGCAACUUAAAUGGUUUGCACCAGCUUGCAACAUUCCUUGGCAUUCUCUUCCAAAAUGGCUAUACAUCUACUACAUGCCCAAUCGACUCUGCCCCUCUUGGGGUAGACCUACAGAUGCUGACAGACCUGCCUUCUUAUCCUUUCAACCACUCGCGGUCAUACUCUGCAGAAAGUCGACUAAGCAGAGACUUUCGAACGAAGAGGGUGCCCAGAAAUGUGUACCUGGGCACGAGAGCUGCUGAUUGGAACCCAGCUGAGCCACGGUGGCGUAAUUUUAUUUCUUUAGUAGAUCAUCCAUGGACGCAGGAUCACCAAUUCAAUGACACUGUACUGUACCCAGGUGCAGGUAUAGCAAUCAUGGCCGUUGAGGCUGCUCGCCAUCUCACAUCAGUCGAUAAGCAUAUACGCAACAUAGAGGUUCGGGAAAUCAACUUUUCUAAUCCCAUUGUUCUCUCAGAUCAGAUCACUCAGGCUGAAGUUCAUGUCCAUCUGAAACUUGAGAAAGAAGAUGAAGCAACCACUGAGUACUCUUUCAAUAUUUAUCGUGUAUCACCAGAAAGCGUAUGGGAAACUGUUAGCUCCGGCAGGGUUGCUGUGGAGCUCUCACAUCCCUCUCUGGACGAUCGCACCGGACCCAAACAAGAUUCGCAUCACUUUGCAGGGGUGCAGAAUCAGCUCCAUCCCAAAGCCUUCUACAACACGCUUUCAUCGUACGGACUAUCUUUCGGUCCGGCAUUCCAGUUGACGAAGCGGAUACUUUAUGACUUCCAGAAGAUCUCUUUCACUGAAGUUAGGCAAUCUGAAUCAGAGGACGUACACACUAAUCAUUCUUUCACCGUACCAUUGAUACAUCCGACCAUACUGGAUGCUAUCAUGCAAGCAGGCCUUGUCGUUUUGGCAACAAACCAAUACGUACCAAAUCCAAAUAUACUCCCUACUCACAUUCGCCAGAUAUGGCUUUCAGAUGACCUCAAGGACCUAGGUAGCCAUUCUUUAGAUGUAUAUUGCAAGACAACAUUUAUCGGCUUCAGAGAAGCAGAAUUCUCCAUCUUGGCUAAGCAUGGUCAGACUGGUAAACCUUUAGUCCAGAUAACCGGAUAUAGAGUAACAAGCAUUGUAACAACAAAGUCUGAGACCAGAGACGUUGUAACACGGGAUCGAACAUGCUACAAGAUGCAAUGGAAACCCGAUUGGUCUGUUCUGAGUCGCGAAGCAACUGAGAGAUACCUGCUUCAUCGCCGCUUAAAAAAUGUCGAAGAUCGUCGAAUCGCCGAUAUAGAGCUCUGCUGCCUCUAUUUCAUGUGCAGUACUGCCUCUAAUUCAGUUACGAGUACAAAGUCGCAUUUGCAUCGAUACCAUCAAUGGGCUAAGAAGCAGUUAUUAUCUGAACACGCUAGAUCAGUAUUGGCUCAGCCCGAAGCACAACGAAUGUUCUUGGAUUUUGAGUUCCGAGAAGAUUAUCUCAGGGAUCUCGAGAGGUGUCCCGGAGGUAAAAUGAGUGUAGCGAUCGGAAGAAACCUUUCAAGGAUUCUCGACGAAGCAAUGGACCCUCUCGAACUCUUGUUCAGCGAACACACACCAUUGGCUCAAGAAUAUUAUCAGGGACCAGAGUGUGCUAUUGCUUAUGAUAGCUUCUCAACAUAUCUGGACUCCCUUGCUCAUCGUAAUCCGAACAUGGAUGUUAUUGAAAUAGGCGCAGGAACUGGCGGGGCGACGCGCCAUGUUCUCAGUACUCUCGCUCCUACACAUAGCUCAGCAAAGACCUUUACGCCCCGUUUCAGUACCUACGUCUUUACAGAUAUCUCUCCUAGCUUCUUUAGUGGCGCUCAAAAAGAGUUCGAAGCUUUUGAUGAGCGCAUGACUUUCAAGACCCUGGACAUUAGCCGGGACCCUAACACUCAAGGUUUCCAGCAAGGGCAGUACGACCUAAUAGUUGCGUCUAAUGUACUGCAUGCGACUGAGGACAUUAGCGCAACACUCCAGAAUACCCGAAAACUUCUAAAACCUGGUGGCAAAUUAGUGGCUAUUGAGUUGAGUAAUCCUGAGGCCAUACAUCCUGCCUUCACUUUCGCUCUACUCCCUGGCUGGUGGAUGGCAAAGGAGCAGUCAAGACAAUGGAGCCCUGCCCUAACUCAAGAAGGGUGGCACGAUGCCCUUCUUCAAUCUGGAUUCUCUGGCACCGAUGUAUACGUACGCGACUAUGAUGGACCCGACCAUUCGGGCUGUCUUAUUGUUUCAACAGCAGCGCACGAGAAGACCCCCGAUGAAGCGCCACAAUCCAGUGUAAAUCCAAUUGUUUUGAUAGCUGAUAUCGAGUCUAAUAUGCAGCAAUCUAUAGCUAUCGAGACAAUGCAGCACUUCUCUGCUAAAGGGCAUCAAAUACAGUUAAUGACUUUCGAAGAGAGCAGUUCGGACAGCAUGACUAGCGACAGGAUUUACGUGUUUCUGUCCGAACUGGAUCGCCCUCUACUUGUUGAUAUGAAGCAGAAAGAGUACGAUUGUUUGAAAUCUGCAACUCAGUGUGCUCGUUCUAUCCUUUGGGUAGUUUCGGAAGGAUUGAAUACGCCUACCUUUGGUUUGAUACAAGGUCUUGCACAUACAGUCUAUUCUGAGCGACCUGUACUUGGUUUCACCUCACUUAGUAUUGAUGACACCAGCUCUGUAUCACAUGUUUCGGCAGCGAUACAGCAGGUUCUGAGCAAAGUCAUCUGCGACGACGCCGAAAACGCAGAAGUCGAGUACAUGCUUCGCGAUGGCAUCCUGUACAUCGAUCGAAUCAUCGAAGAUGAAGAAAUGAACGACAAGCUAUAUCACAGAAAGGCUACCCAAGCACCAUCGAUACAACAAGUAGAGCCGAAGUCUAUGCGUCAAUUGCGCAUGACCAUUGGAUCACCAGGAAUUCUCGAUACAUUGCACUUUGAGGACGAUCCACGCGCUGGAAGUCCUCUUGGUGAACAUGAUAUCGAAGUCGAUGUGCACGGUGCCGCGUUGAGUGUCAGAGAUUCGGCUGUCAUUCUGGGGCAAACUCCCGGAAACUUCAUCGGCCUCCAGUGUUCUGGUGUCGUCUCGCGCGUUGGAUCAUCGGUGUCUAACCUGCAGACCGGCCAUAGAGUCGCCUGCGUUAGUCGCGAGUCAUUCUCCAGCUACGCCAGGUGUAAUGAACACGCCGCCCUGAUUUUACCAGACUCUGUAGAUCUCCAUGACGGAGCAUCUAUAUUCGUGAACUAUCUUGUAGCCUAUAGCUCACUUGCCGCUUUUGCGAACUUGCAGAGGAAUCAGAUCGUUUUGGUUCACGACGGGGCAAGCUCCCUGGGCCAGGCUGCGCUUCAGGUGUGCAGAAUGAAAGGAGCGGUUGUCUUUACAACAGUCAGUUGCGACGAAGAGAAGAGAACACUCAAGGAUGAACUUGGAAUCCAGGAAGCGGAUAUCAUUUCCACCAAUGCGGUAGCUGUAGACCUAGCUGAGAGAGUUCUGGCAUCCACCGGCGACCAACGCGUGCACAUAGCAUUUGGGUCCUUCUCUAGCAUCGAACUCGUUGAAAUAUCCAAAUGUGUUCAGCCGAUGGGUAAGUUGAUCGAUAUCAGAUAUGGAAUCGACAAUGUGGCGCUCACGAACUUGCCUAAAAUGCCGAGCGUAUCCUUCAUCUCUACAACAGUGGAGGAGCUCGUUGAUUACAGUUUGGAAAACGGGUAUGUCAAAUUCCUUCCUGAUAUAUUUUCAGGAUUAGAACCGGGAACUAUCGUUCCGGCCGGUCUACAGAGGUACAAGGCCUCUGAUAUUGAGACUGCUGUGAGGUCGCAACAAGGAAAUCAAGCCUCAGGAUUAUGCAUCGUUCAGUUCACCGGCGACGAUACACUACGGAUGAUGCCCAAAACGCCGGCUCCUUUAUUAUUUGAUCCGAUGGUGAGCUAUGUCAUAGCCGGAGCAUUCGGGGGUCUAGGGCGUAGUAUCAGCCGGUGGGUGGCGGACAAAGGUGCCAAAAACCUCAUACUGCUUUCUAGAUCCGGUGGUAGCAGUGUUGCAGCCACAACAUUGUUGGCUGAACUACAUGCAAAGGGCGUAAAAGUCAUGGCUCCAAAAUGUGACAUCUCUGACGAACAGUCCAUGUCUGAAAACUUGAGAGAUUGCAAAGAGUGCAUGCCAGCUAUAAAAGGCUGUUUCCAGUGUGCCAUGGUACUAAAGGACUCCCUUUUUGAAAACAUGUCACUGGAAGACUUCAAUGCCGCGCUACGUCCAAAGGUGACUGGCUCAUGGAAUCUCCACACCUAUCUACCUUCAGAUCUAGAUUUCUUCGUCAUGCUAUCCUCUUCUAUGGGCGCCAUUGGUAAUCUUGGGCAAUCCAACUAUGCCGCCGGAAAUACGUAUCAAGAUUCUCUCGCCCGGUACCGCGCCGAGUGUGGCCAACAUGGAAUAUCUCUUGGCUUGGGCCUUAUCACUGAUGUCGGCUUCGUAGCCGAGCAUCCAGAUAUAAAAGACCGUAUGCUGGGUGCUGGAUAUGCUAGUACCACAGAAAGUGAGCUACACGCAAUGCUCGAAAGCAUUUGUGCUGAUGCGAUGCGUGAUCCGGCGAUUGUCAAAUCGCCAGAUUUUGUCUCUGGUAUUAUGACUGGUCUUACAACCCACUCAACGUUCGAGAAGCGCAGUCUUGCCCCGUUCCCGAUGAUGGCUCGGCCUUUAUUCAGACACUUGUGGGGGAUGGACCGACAGACAAAUACUGGACUAGCUAACCUUUCCGGGAGUGCUCAAAUGCCUGCCGCUGAUUUACUCCGCGAUGCAAAAAGCGAAGACGACGCAAUUAGUAUACUCUCGAAAUUGCUCUUAUCGCGUGUGGCAAAGGCCCUUUUUGUGCCGGAGGUCGACAUUGAUCUCACGAGGGCCGCAUCGGCACAAGGAGUAGACUCUUUAGUAGGGGUAGAGCUGAGAGCAUGGGUGAAGAAAGAGUUAGGUGUAGACCUGAGUAUCUUCGACAUAUUGCAGAGCCAGAGUCUGGCUGCUGUGGCGUCUAUCAUCAAUGAGAAGCGUACUACGAUCGUUUGA